CAUGAGUCCAGUCUGAGCACAAUGAGGAGCAAACAGGCACAUGAUAUGCCUCACAUGCCAAGGUCAGGUUCUUAAUAACUCUUUUAGAAUAACUCUUAACAUUUAAUAGUGUACUCUUAAGGAUUCCGUGAUUAGUCCUUCUGGGGGAACCUUUAGAUUCUAUAUAAAACACUACAACAAAGGGUUUCUUUUCAGAAAAUAUACCAUGGGCAACCAAUUAAGAGAGCUAGAACAGUUUUAAAAAAUGUAGGAAUCAGUUUUUCUAAGAGUGGAGUUUGUUAUUGUAAUGUUUGGAUAAAGUCAGUUUAAUCUGGCAUCGUGAAGUGUUUUUCAGGUUUCCCCACUGUUGAACCCUUCAGGUUCUGAUGAGGGAUUCUCUAACAGAAAAGGUUCAAAGUAAAAACCCAUAGAACCCUUAAAUAUCCACAGGACUCUUGAGGAACCCUUAUUUUCUAAGACUGUGGGAAACAGAUAAUUAACUUUGCAUGUGCGUCUCUCAGAAUCAUUUAGAGAAAUAUAUCUAGUAUGCAGACACAGUGAUCAACAUGGCUGUUGUCCUGCAUGGAUUCACAAGUGCCACUUUCAUAAGGACGUGAUUCUUGACUUUUCAUUCUUAUUUUGUGCCAUGAUUUCGCAAACAUGAUGCUGAAGUCAAGAAACUGGGGGUGAGUAAAAAGACCUGUAACAUUGGAGUACCUGAGGAGUAAUAAGAGAUGCUAGUUUAUUUAAUUAACUACAUAAAUAAGAUGUACAAGUGAAUUGGAUUGAUGUGAAAUACAUCUGUUCCCAUAGUUCUAUUAAUAUUUCAUUUGAUUUGAUUUCAUAUUUCAUUUGAUUGGCUCAGUGGUUAAAUGAAAUGUGAAUUUCUCUCUUUUUUCCUCUACCUCAAGUAAAGUUGUAAUCUAGUCUGUUUAUGUCCAAAAUUGCAUUUAAAGAUCCGAUUUGGACCAUGACACUGGGCAUCAUGGACCAACUGACAGCCAGUAUCAGAUUACUAACUGCACUGAGCAGAAUUAAGUGCAUUUUUGUAACAUUCACUGUGUGAAGAAAUCACACUUGGCUCGAAAGUUUUUAGACAUCUUUAGGCAGGCUGACUGUUUUUACCACCACAUUCUCCUUAUGUACCUAAAGUUAUCAUUGCAGGUAGUUAAGUCAUGUUUAAUAACAUUUCCAUCAUUCUGGUGAUACUUAUGUUUUUGUAAAGGUGUUAAGGUAUUAAUUUAUGUUAUAGAUAGAAUCCCCCAAUUUUGCCCGAAUUCGCCCUGUUCAUCCAACAGGUUUUCUCAGGCUGCCAAACAAUUAUUUUACUCUACUUUAAUGUACCUUGUUACCCAGAUGGAACUAGGUAAAGAGAACAACUCUUAGUAUAGUUAUUUUUCUGGCCUUUACCUAGAGGACAUGUUGAUUACCAAAUCCAAGAAGAGAAAGGCUAAGAAGGAAAUCAAUGGAUUGAAAGAGCCGGAGAAGGAGACCUGUCUAGAGUCUACUGUUGAAAUGGAAGAGUUGGUGAGCUGUAAUCCAUCAGGAAGCAUGGAUGCUCGUUCCCCUGAGCCUCAGGAUAUUCCACCACAGAAGAAGAAGAAGAAGAGUAAGAAGAUGGCACAUACAUUCGCUAUGGAAAGUGAACAGCAAGACCUUGUGAAUGGAGACACACAAAUGUCACCCACAGAUAGAAAGGAAGUUACUAGGAAAUCUAGACGAAAGAGGAAAUCUAAGAUAACAGAGAAUCAGCAUAAUAACAGUGUGGACGUGGAGGACGACGAUGUUGUCACUGAUGCACAUACUUCUAUCUCUCACCGUUCUCUGUUUUCCACCCCUCUGGGUCACAACCAGUCUCUCAGCAAAGUGUUUGUGGAGAGAAGCCUUCGGUUUCAGGCAACAGAUCGGCUGGACCUGGGCCAUGAGCAGGUGAAGGAGCUCUUGGAGGUCGGAUCCAUGUGGAACUCACGAGAUGUUGCCUUAAGAGUCCACAGUGGCUUCAGGCUCAUUGGACUCUUCUGUCAUGGGUUUCUGGCAGGUUGUGCUAUAUGGAACAUCAUUGUUAUUUAUGUGCUGGCUGGAGAGCAGCUGAAAACACUGUCAAACCUGUUACAGCAGUACCACAGCUUAGCAUACCCCACCCAGUCUCUACUGUACUUUCUCCUGGCUAUAAGCUCGGUGUCUGCCUUCGACAGGGUGAAUCUAGCCAAGGCCUCUAUGGCUCUUAGAGGGUUCCUCAUGCUUGACCCAGCAGCCCUUGCGUCAUUCUUGUACUUUGCAGCCCUUAUUUUGUCUCUGAGUCAGCAGAUGACUAGCGACCGCAUCAACCUGUACCUUAUAGCCAAUGAGUCACUGUGGCCUCCAGGCUCUGAACAUCAGAUUCUGCAACCUUGGAUUGUAGUGAAUCUGGUUGUAGCUUUACUGGUUGGACUAGCCUGGUUUUUCAUCUCCACUAGACCAGAUAUGGACUACACAGAAGAGUUCUUGAUAUCCAUGGAGGUAGAUGACUAUCUACAAUACAAGGACAAAUCAGAAAUCCCUUCCUGAAAAUCUCAGACUUAUCAGGACAACUGGAAUCAGUGUUUCCGAAGCAUAAAAUAUUUUGACAUCAGCAAGGAAGAAUCUUGACAACAAAACAUUGUAAAAACAAAGUACUUGCUAUUUUAUUAAAAAACAGACACACUCACAGCACAGGCUAAAACUGGGAAAACCAGGGAGUAACAAAACCCACCAGCCCUACAAACCCUGAGCUGACCAGAAUAAAGGAGUUAUGUUAAAGAUGAAUUAACAGCUUAAUAUAUGUUAAUUGAUAAGGUUAAGGCUAGCAAAAUAGGAUUUGUUACAUAAGUUAGGCUAUUUAUAUUGGUGUUUUUUUCUGUUUUGUAUACUGUAUAUUACAUUAUAACAAAUAUAAUCACUUUAACAUGGUGGCUUAGUGGUUUGUAUGUUUUCCUUGCACCUCCAGGGAUAGGGGUUCGAUUUCCGGAUAUUAACUGGAGCGUGGAGUUUCAUGUUCACCCUGUGCUUUGGAGGUUUCCUUUGGGUACUCUGGUUUCCUCCCCAGUCCAAAGACAUGCCUUGAAGGCUGAUUUGUCAUCUCUAAAUUGUCUGUAGUGUGUGGAUGUGUGUGUGUGUCCUCUAUUGUGCUCUGAAUUCCCUGGCAUAGGCACCAGGCUGUGUAGGAUAAGCAUUAUAGAAAAUGGAUGGAUGGAUGGAUGGAUGGAUAAUUACUUGCUAUUGAUAAUUAUAUUUUGGUUGCUUAAUGGUUUAGUAGUAGUCAUACGCAGGCCUGACCAAUGUGAUCAAGAGAUACAUUCACA